ACCUCCCGGCCCAAUACUCAACAUAAUUGAAUGUUUACCUUGGAGUUAAAGCAAAAUGACUGGCUCGAAUUAAUUAUUAACUAUUUUUAUAUUCAUAGUAUGUCUUGUCAUUUUCAUCAUAAUGAUGUAAGUUAAGUUUUUUUUAAAGAAUUUUAGUUCUUUUACGGGCAAAAUUCACAAAUCUGUAUGAUAAACGACGUAUAAUUUAUAAUACGUGCCCCAAGGGCCAAGACGAGGUUAUCUUCGCCAUAAUAGUAAUUAGUAAUAGUAAAUUAAAUAGUAUAAUAAUAAUAAUAGUAAUAGCCAUAAAGCCAUAAAAUGAUAAAAAUAAAUGCCAUAUGAUAUCAUAUAAAAAUUUUAAAAUAUAUUUUUGCAGGGAGUGUAGACUUUGACUUUUACUACUUUUAGUUACACUCAGAGACAGAUUCUCUUUAAUUGAUUUAAAUUUUUCAAACUAAUUCUAUACAGUGUUAGUGUUAGUGUUUGUUACGAUCUUCCUUAGUGUCCUUACCUUAAUAAACUUAAUAAGUUAAUAACUUCCACAAUACAUGUUUCACAUGAACAACUCUCACAGUUGGUACGUUUUCUGAGGGCAGUGGACUUCUUGCUGUCUAGGGGUCACAAUCACAAUAUAAAUCCCAAACUCCAGUGUUACCAUUAUGAUAUUACCACAGGACAGUUAAAAUGCUUCAUUGUCUAGGGGUAAUUCAAUUUCUUAACAAACCAUUGAUUCAUGUCAAAUGUCUCUUUAUUUAACGAACAAAUCCGUAAUUAAUUCUUACAUUCCGUUAUAUAAUUACUCUAUCACUGCUAUCCAAAACCAUAAUAUUAUCAUAAUGUCAUUUCCCAUACCCAAAUACGUCACAAACUCAAAUACAUCACAUAAUACCAAGCACACAGAAACAGCUACACAAAUAUGUACGCACAACACUAAACAGCCACGCAUAAAAUCUCUCAUGAUCAACAAUUUUCCACACCAUACAUUCAUGCCCCUAAAUCUAGUUCACAACAGUGUUUACUUUUCUAAGAAAACCUUUUAAAACUACUUAGAAGGCAUAUUUAAAUAAAUUAAAACACAGACAAAAUAAUGUCACUGACAUAACAUGACUUGGUAACUGGUGUAGUAAGAGGUCAGAAUGCAAAUGCAAGCAAUCAAAAAUAGAAAACUCAGAUACGAUGACCACACUUUUGGGGGGAUUGACUGAAAGACAUGAUUUUCACAUGAAUCACUGAAAUAUCAUUUGACAACCAGCAUAUGUUUCAAUUAUAUCGACAUAUUGUUUUAUUCAGAGAAAAGAAUCUUAUAGUUGGAGCUUUUUUUCCUGUCUAGGGAAAAGUAAGCAAUUCGUCGUAAAACGCCAGAAGACAGGACAUUUCAUGAACUUUUGGGAGUGCUGGGACGGUGAAGGGGCCAUCCGUAAAUGACAUUAUGCGUCUAGGGGCCAGAGAGGGGUCACAUUUUUGUGACGAGGGGAUUUUAAAGCCACGUGACGUCACAUUAAAAUCGGGACAUUAUGGUAAGAAAUGCACUUAAUAACACUAAAUUACAGACCUUUUUAACAUCAUUCUUUUAUAAAAAAAUUAUAUUAUUUUCAAAAUACAAUCGUUGAGAGAAUCAGUACAGGUAUGUGAAGUACGAGAAAUGGUAUCGGAUCAAGUUACAAGCCGCCAUGGAGGAGGAGAAUUGGGGUGUAGUGACAUUGAUUGGUAGUCGUGAGAAUUUAAGUCAAAAUGUGGAGAAAGGAGUCAUAGAUUGAUGCUACCACAGGAAGUGUGAUGGAAAGAAAAAGGGGGGUGUUAGUUAAUGAUCCCUGUAUAAAUUAAAUUGUAUUACAUCUUAAAAAUUAAAAUAAUUUAAUAAUAUAUUUAUUGUCAUUAUAAUGUUAAAUUAACCAUCUAGAUAAAAAAAAAAAUUUACCAACACCAGUAAAGUGCAAACAAAAUUCACCAGAAAAAAAAAAAAUUUCUGCUGGCAAAAACUAAUAGCAAUGGUACCAAAUGAAAUUUACUUUCUGAGUCUUUUGCACUUAAAACCCCUUUUUAAGAACCUCUGUUGUAUGGAAAUAUUUCUGUGACACAGGUGUAGUAAUUGGAAAUCCAUGGGAGGUGAUUUUUGUAAGGCUUUGUAAAGGACAUUAGUGGGCAGAUGGAAUUUUAUGGAGGUUGUAUAGGUUUGUGACAUUAUAUUGGCGGGGUUCACCUUUUUUGUGAUGAUCUGGGGGGGGGGGGGGGGGGGGGGGGGGGGGGAUUGAAAAAAUCGGCAAAAUUUGCAUGACGUCAUUUAUGGAUGGCCCCUGGUGCAAAAAUAGGGACUGUCCCAGAUAAAUCGGAACACACACACAUCUGGUCUCUGUAACCAAGACCAAUGUGCAAUAUCGUCAAUUCUUUUACAAAAUUACAAAUACUUCACUAUAGCAGUUAAAUAAACUAACAUGUUCAUAAAUUAGUGUUCUAAUGAUUGUCCAUUAUGUGACAUUGACAGUCUAUAUAUUUAUUAGAUUCAACUAAAUUUCUAUAAAAAGGUGCCGAAAACAAGUUCAUAAUUCAACUGGUCAUGUGACUCUAUGCUCACAUAAAAGAAAGAUACUAAAAACUACUCCAUGCCAAGAUGCAGGAAAUAGAUUUAUGUAGCAUCACAUUUUAUACAAUUUAAUUUUUGGAUAUGUGUCAACUUUUACAUGGAAUUCACCUAUUGUCAAUACUGAGUUGAUUCAUUUCUCAAAUUAGAUCCAUUUUGCACUUCACACGCUUGGAUCCUGGCUAUGCCUUCUACUUAGGUGUACACCUACAAUUAAUAACUAUUAAAACAGUAGAAUGUAAGUUAUCAGAACUGACUGGACUCAGGGAUAUGUUGUAUGGAUAACAUAUUUAUAGGAUGUUAACACUUCCAUGGAAAGGUUGCUUAAGAAGUUAGUGCAUUGAAAGCGAUAGAUUCUUACUAAAGUGCUUUAUUUUGCAGAUUAUUAUGUACAAUAAUUAUCAAUGAUGUAUUGGUGUCAGCUGAUUGAUGUCAAAAUUCAGUAAGGACUUGAUUGAUUUUUUUUUUUUUUUUUUAAAAAUUGAGGUCGUUUUUUAAAAUAUGAAUAGCGCUUAGACAAAUCCGAGGUCAUAUUGUCUUUUUAGUAGAGACCGACCGAAAGUGAUUUUCUGAUUUCAGCCGAAGCUGAAAAUAGGCAGAAAGUUUAAAAUGACUUUCGGCCGAAACCGAAAAAAUACCGAAAGUUAAAAAUGACUUUCGGACGAAACCGAAGCCGAAAAUGAAAUAUUUAGGUAUUUUGAAAUUAAGUCCAGCAUAAAUUCUGCAUACAUCGAAAAUGAUGGGAGAAAGUAGGGCCUAUAAACAUUUACAUUCUUUUUAUUAAAAAAAUGAGAUAAUCGUGAAUAUUAAGAAAUAAACAUCUAAUAUAACAUCUUGUUGUUAAAGAUUGUUUAUUUUGUUCUUAAAGAUCGCUUAGUUUGUUGUUAAAGAUCGUUCAGUUCUUUGUUAAUGAUCGCAUUAUUUGUUCAUAAAGAUCGCGUAGUUUGUUCUUAAAGAUCGCUUAGUUUUUGUUUAAAGAUCUUUUAGUUUGUUAUUAAAGAUCAUUUAGUUUGUUCAAAAAAGAUAGCUAAGUUUUUUGUUAAAGAUCGCUAAGUUUGUGUUAUUAAAAGAUCGCUUAGUUUGUUCAUAAAGAUGGCUAAGUUUGUUCUUAAAGAUCAUUGAUUUUGAUCUUAAAUAUUGCUUGUUGUUCUUAAAGAUCACUUAGUUUGUUUGUACAGAUCUUUUAGUUUGUUAUUAAAAAUCAUUUAGUUAUGUUCUUAAAGAUCGCUGAUUUUGUUGUUGAAGAUCACUUAGCUUUUUCAUAAAGAUGGCUUAGUUUGUUCUGAUAGAUAAUUGAUUUUGUUCCUUAUGAUCGAUUAGUUUGUUCUUAAAGAUCUUUUAGUUUGUUCCUAAAGAACAUUUAGUUUUCUGUUAAAGAUCACUCAGUUUAUUCUUAUAAAUCAUUUAGUUUACUAUUAAAGAUCAUUUGUUUUGGUCUUAAAGAUCACUUAGUUCGUUCUUAAAAAUUGCUUAGUUUGUUCUUUAAGAUAGUUUAGUUUUUUUAUUAAAGAUCGCUUUAUUUUUUUUUUUAAAGAUCACUUUAUUUGUUUUUAAAGAUCGUUUAGUUUGUUCUUAAAUGUCGCUUAGUUUGUUGUUAAAUAUCGCUUUUGCUGAUAUUAGAUGACAGAAAACCUCAGUCACUUUCGGCCGAAACCGAAAAAAAAACUAAAGUUAACUUUUCUCUUUCGCCCAAAACCGAAACUUGGCCAAAAGUGAUAAAAUGGCCACUUUCGGCGCCGAAACCGAAGCUGAAAUUCGGUCGGUCUCUACUUUUUAGGCCUGUAUUCUGCAAUAUAUUUUUUUUAAAUAAUUUUGCCUGUCACAUUAUCCCAGUCUGCUUUUGUAAGGAUUCUCAGAAUUCACUGGCCAGACAAAAUCAGCAACCAGGAACUGUGGCAGCGGACAAAACAGAAGCCCAUUGAGGAAGAGAUUCUCCAGAAGCGGUGGAGGUGGAUUGGUCAUACACUAAGAAAACCUGCUUCUAACACAACAAAGCAAGCCCUGAAAUGGAACCCACAGGGUAAGCGGAAAAGAGGCCGUCCAAGAAACACUUGGCGCUGAGAAUUGGAGACAGACAUCAAGAAAAUUGGCCAUGAAUGGAAGAUCCUGGAGAAACUGGCCCAGGAUAGAGAUGCCUGGAGGUCUCUCGUAGGUGGCCUAUGCCCUUGGAGGAACCGCAGACGCCGACGAUGAUCGGUGGAUGCCCCUCAUGGACGAGAAGGCUCAACAACAACAACAUUAUCCCAGUCUAGUCAUAGCAUAUACAAAACACAUAUAGGUGUCUGUUGUUUUCAGAUGUUUGUUAUAUGCCAAUGCUUCAUGCCAGGGGCAGUUUGGAUUAUCAGUGUUUGGAUGAUCAGUGCUCUAUUGUAUGAAGUUAGAUUCUACACUGUACAAGUUUGAUAUAUUUAUGGAUGGCUCCUUAAAUUAUACCUUUAACUAAUGAUAAGUUACCUGAACCAUAAUUUAUUUUGUCAAAGUUUUAAAUUAUCUUCCGGCAUUAUAAGUUAUUUAACAGCAUUUACUUUAUUUCGGUGUGUUUUUCCCUAAACAUCUGUCUUCUUUGUACAAUCUUAUCUACAUUUGCCCACCACUGCCCCAGUAGGUGUAAAAAAAAAAUGCCAGAUUGCAAUUUAUAGAAAAGAACAGACUGUCUGUUCCAAGGGGCCUUGUACAAGCAAAGGCGGUCAUUUAGAGAUCUCUAAAAGUGUUUAGUGGCAAACUUUUAACUGUGUUUUUUUGCCUUGUCCAUGUUUUCUAAUAGAAUAUCAACACCAGGAUUAAAUUAAAAAAGGGUGAGAUACAUUCCAUUCACUAGCGUAAGAGGAGGAGGGGGGGGGGGGUUGAGUCCUCACAUUUUUUUCUGGGGGGGGGGAUUUUCAUUUAUCCAAUGAGGGUUGUUUUUUUUUUGUUUUUUUUUUUUUUACACUAGCGUAAGAGGAGGAGGGGGGGGGGGUUGAGUCCUCACAUUUUUUUCUGGGGGGGGGGAUUUUCAAUUAUCCACAGAGGGUUGUUUUUUUUUGGUUUUUUUUUUUUGUGAGAGUGGAUGCAGCAAACAUCUUGGCCCACUCUGGGUGGCACUAACCCUAGCUAUGCCACUGGAUACAAUAAAUUGUUUUUGAGAUAACUUUUUAUAUAGAUCACACUGCAGCUGGGUAUAAUGAAGAGUAAUAUACAUCAUAAAAUGUUAUUAACAAUGCUAAUGCUACAGAAAGUGAUUGAUUUGCUGAGGUGUGACAACAAAUGAAACAAAAAUUCUUUUUAAAAACACGCUUUUCCAAAAAAUGUACUAAAAAGUAUCAAAUAAAUUUCCCCCAAAACUUCAGAGUUGUUACCAGUCAUAUGACUAAAAAAGCAUGGGUCACCCAUGAAGCACAAUGAUGUCAUAUGACUAGACAAAUACAAUGUUGGCACGUGUAUGUUUGCAUUGCUGCAAGCAAGUGGAAUGAAAUAAAUGAUUCGGCUGUGUGCAUGCCUGUGCAAUUUGCAAAGAACAUUGAGUUCAUAGGCAAGGAAAGCCAUAUUUUUAAAUAAAGAUUUACUCCUUACUGCCAGUAAUCAUGACUUAGGUUUAGAGAUUCAAAAGCUAAGUAUAAUUUAACUCUGUCAAGCAAUGAAUGUUUCUGCAGACAAAAAAAAAAAAUUAUUAUUUCUCUAGAUAAAUAAGUCUGUUUGAAAUUAAUUGAGUAUAUCAUCCAUGUGUUUAUCUAAAUUUUACCAUCCAACAAUUUUCAAAAUUAUGUGUGGAAGAAACACUGAAAAAAUAAUAAUUUAAUUUUACAUCAAUUUAUAAUAGCCAUUGUAUGGAACAAAGAAAGCUUUUGAAAAAAUUCAUCUUCUACUCAAGUCAUGUUUUUAACAAAAAUAAGCUACAACUUUCUUUUAUUUCUAGAAAAAUGAAAAUGUACUCAGAACAACUGAUAUGAAGUGAUGUGAAAAUAAGUUAGUAGAUUAAUAACUACCAUGAUGAUAGCCAGUCCAAAUAUCCAAUCAGGAUUGCUGGCUGUUAAUGAAUGUGUCACAGGUUGAAGGGCAAUAAAUCAAAAUUGUUAAGUAAAUGGACUAUCUAAAUUGUUUUGCUUCCUAUGAUCAGGGUAUAGUGUGAUAUUAAUGGUUUUUCUCACUUUGGUAACAGGUGCAUCUGCCUAGAUGUUAGAUAGUACAAUCUACCCUUGAACCAUCGUCCAUGUCAGUUUUCAUGAAUAUAUAUUAUUUUAAUCUUAACUGUUCAGCUACAUUAGUUAGUAUUGAUUAGACCAUACUUGUCAUUCUCCUGUUGUCUAUGGAAUUGUCUAACUACCAAACCGUAUCUUAGAGGUAGAGACCUACAAAGUUUUCUCCAUAAAAUUUAAAUUUUUUAUUGUUUUGUAAUUUUUUAGACAAUUUUAAAAACAAAGAUCGAAAACAAAAUGGGACAUUUGUUCUGUGCCUGCCUAAUGGUAGCAGCAGUUGCCUCAUCAUCAACACCACCAGGGCUUAAUUCACCAAAAACAGACAUGAGCUUCAGCUUCAAUCAUGCUCUUGUGAUUACAUCUCAACGACUGGAGGAACUUCGCCAAACUCCAUCCCUGCUGCUAGUAUACUUUUUUAUAAAUGGUAAGCAUCAGCAUCUUAUAUGGACUUAAUAGUAUCACAGUGUAAAGAAUCUGUUUUAGAAUUUUGAUGAGGACCAAAUUCUUUACUGAAUUUAACAGUAGUAUAUAUUUUUCAUUGACUGCAGAUCCUAUUAAAUUCUUAUGCUCAGAAAUAAUUAGUAUCCAUCAUUAGGGAUUCUGAAAUAACAAAACAAAUAAUCUAUUAUUAACUAAAAGUGUUUGGAUAGAAAUAGCUUAAACUGUCAACAGGUCUUAACAGAUUUUAGUGUCCUUUAAUUAAUAAAUUUGAACUUUAUUUAUAUGUAUGUUUUCAUUUAUUCAUAUCUUACUUGAAGAGCUUCCUCGCACCUCCAGAAAGUUUUUUGAAGAGUAUGACAAGUCUGCGAAAUACCUGGAGGCAUACAAUGUCCAGCUAGCUGUGGUAAGUAGAUAGUGGACACUGUCCUGGGCUAUUUUUGCUAUGCUAAAAUACUGAAGGAGAGGCAAACUUCAUUUUCAAGGAUUAUAUUUCAAAUAUUGUAAUGUUGUUGUUUUUUUUUGGGGGGGGGGGGUUUUUUGCAUGAUCAUUUUUUAGCAAUUAUUUCUAUAAAAUCUCAUUAGUAUCUGAAUUAUUAUUGCUAAAUAACUAUGUCUGUUUUUAUCAACAUUCAAGUUCCCUAGUUUACAUUGGGGUAGCAUCAAGUAAAUCUCAUGGAAGAAAGGAAGAAAAAUAAUAUUUUAUUUUUUUUAAAUGGCAACGGGAAGAUAUAAGAAAGUGUAAAAACAGAAUAAGAAUAGUGAGUUACAUGGGCGCCUGCAGGUUGGGGCAAGGUAACCCCCCCCCCCCCCUGGAUUGAUUGGAUAAAAGAUUUUUAGACAAAAAUAGACAAAAAAUGUAUUCAAGUAAAGAGAAAAUAAAGAGAAAGUAACUAAGCUGAUGUCCUGUCUGUUCGUUCACCAUACAAAUACGCUACAGUAAAUUAAAACUAUAUUAAAACAUUACUAAAUAAAAUUUUGCCCCCCCCCCCCCCCCCCCCCACAAUAAAACUAUUUUUUGGAAAGUUAAUCCAUUUUUUUGCCCCCCCCCCCCCUUUAGAAAGUUUUUUGGGGGGGCCCAGGGGGGGUUAUAAAAAGGGUUGGGGGGGGGGGGGGCAGAGGUGUAAAAAUAGUAGGAGAAUAGUGCAGUGAAAAGUGUCAAAUAUGUAUUACUACAUGCUUAGGUCCUUGUAUUAAUGACACACAAUAAGUUUGUUUUUGCCUGCUUUCCAAGCUGACCCACUCAUGAUUCUUGCUACUUUACUUAAUGACGUACUGGCCACUGUUAUUUUAUAUAGAAGGACUUUUACAUUUUUAAACUGAGACAUGUAACAUUUUAGACUAAUUUUUAAAUCCUAAUUCAUUUAGUUGCCAUGUUUUAGUUUGACUGUAAAGCAGAUAUGAGCAAGGAAGAACAUUGCAGUAAUGUCAAAGCUGGGAGAAAUGUUUACUCAUACAAGUAAGAUAUUUAUUCUUUUUUGAUAGACCUGGGAGGUGAAAGCAAUAGAUGUUUGAAAAUUACUAAGGUAAAUUAUAAUAAAAUGAAGACAAAAAUUUUAUCUAGAAAUAUGUCGAUUCUAGACAUUAAUUUUAUAAUUACUCAGCUGUUUUAGUGACUUUUAUGUUACUUUACUUCAGCUACACUUAAAUCUAAGAAAUAAGAUCAAAUUAUUUCUUGAAUAGAUAUAGCCCGCCAAAUAUUGGCGACAGCAAUGCGUGAACUUCCCAUCUAGUAAAGUUACUUGACAAAACAUGAACUCACCUUACGCACAUUUAAGAAUCCCAAUAUUUGCUACACCCCUUCCCCUUUGAUACCUCACUGCACACCUUUUAUUUCACGCCCAUGAACUAUGUUAAUAUUCUCAUGUCCCAACCACUUUUAAACCGAAAAAUUUUUUACACAACACUUAAAUUGAGAAGAUUUCAUUUCCAAAAAAAAAAUAUUACGCACCAAAUGCAAUUGCAAUUGCGUUAUUAAAAAUAUAUAUAUACAUAUCAUUUAGCUUGGUUAUCAGGAGUUAUAUUUUGUGCGCUAGAGAACUCAUUAUUUAACCACACUCUCAUCCUCAUGUCCCUUGGACCGUUGGGGCGCCACAGAUGACAUGUGAACCAUCCUCCUCCAUUCCUCUCUGUCUUCAGCACUACACACUGCAUCACCCAUUGUUAGUCCUGUCCACUCUUUGAUGUUAUCCUCCCACCUUUUCCUUUGUCUUCCUCUUCUUCUCCCUCCUCUUGUGUUGCCCUGCAAUAUUUCUUUGGCAAACCCUUGUUUCCUUACGUGGCCGUACCAUUGUAAUUUGCGUUUUUUCACAUUCACCAGUAGAUCAUCGUACUCCCCAAUUGCCUGACGCCCCCUUUUCUUUCACUGUAUCAUUGGAGAUAUGGUCCCUAUAGCAGAUGCCAAAAAUGCUUCUGAAGCAUCUCAUCUCCAUUGCCUUUAUUUUCCUUUCAAGAUCGGCUGUUAAUGUCCAGGAUUCGCAGGCAUACAGGAAAAUGGAGAGGACUAAUGAGCGCAUCAGCCUGAUUUUGGUGCUGGGGGCUAUAUUUUUGUCAUUCCAUAGUUCUUGAGCUUUUUUAAUGCUGUUGUAGUCUGUGAAAUCCUGGACAUCAGUUCGGGCUUGGAGCCUUCUUCUGAGACUAUUGCUCCUAGGUAUUUGAAGCGGCUGACAGUCUCUAAUCUUUCCUCCCCGACCUUAAUUUCAGUGGUGAUGCCUGCGGUAUUAUUUGUCAUCAGUUUUGUCUUUUUGGCACUGAUUAGCAUGCCGUAGGAUGACGAGGUCUUUUCGAGACGCUUUACCAGGUUGGCUAGCUCUUCUUCAUUCCCAGCCAGCACGUCUAUGUCGUCCGCAAAGCGUAGGUUGGUGAUUGUUCUGCCAUCAAUGCUGACUGUCCCUUCAUGCCCUUCCAGAGCAUCUGACAUAAUUCUCUCUAGGAAGAUGUUGAAUAGGGUGGGGGAGAGCAUGCAGCCUUGUCGCACUCCAACCAUGGUCUUGAACCAUUCUCCGAUGCUGUUGUUGAGGAAGACUGCACUCGUGGCCUUAUCAUAGAGGUUGCAUAUCAUGCUGGUUAGGUUUGUGUUGAUGUUGUAGUGCCUCAUGGCGGCCCAUAAAGCAGCAUGCCAAACCCUGUCAAAUGCUUUCUUGAAGUCAACAAAGACAUUGUAUAGAUUUUGUUGGUGUUGAGCAUAUUUCUCACAUAGUAUUCAGAGGUUUAGAAUCUGCUCAGUAGUGCCCCGUCCUUGUCUGAAGCCCGCCUGUUCUUCAGCAAUGAUUCUGUCGGCAUAUGGUUAUAGUCGGUUCAAUAUGAUCUUCAGCAUGACCUUGCUUGGAUGGCUUAUUAGGAUAUUUGUGCGAUAGUUUUGGCAUAGCUGUAGGUUACCUUUUUUGAGGAGGGUGACGAUGAGUGAUUGGGUCCAUGGUUUGGGCCAUUCUCCUGUAAGCCAGAUUUUGUUACAAAUAUUGAAUAGGCCACUUAUCAUUGCUUCUCCUCCUUGUUUCAUCAACUCGGCAGGUAUAUUAUCUACUCCUGCGGCCUUUCCUGUUUGGAGUGCCUGGACUGCUGCUUCUACUUCUGCGCGGAGAAUAGGGUAGUUAUCAUUGUCUGUUGCUGGAGGGACAUUAAAGAUCUCUGGGUCUAUCUUUAUACUUUCAUUAUACAGCUCUGAACAGUAUUCAGUCCAUCGUUUGAUGAUAUCAUUUUCUUCGGUUAAACAUUUACCAUUUUUAUCCUGUAUGGUAGUACUACGCCCUUGUUUUGCAGUGGUUAGUUCUUUCACCAACUGGUAAGCUUUUUUGCUAUUGUCUUUCUUCAAGCAGUUUUCAAUGUCAUAGCAUUGCUCUUCAAUCCUGUUCUUCUUUGCCCUUUUCAUACCUUUUUUGAUGGCUUGAUUAACUGUCCUAUAUUUAAUGGCCCACUCUGUAUUUACCAUUUUUGUUUUCUUUAGCUGCCUCCGCUUAUCACACAGAUCAAGUAUGUCAGCUGUCACCCAUGGUUUUCAGGUUGGUCGAUGUUUACCGAGGAUGUCGUGAGCUGAGUCCGUCACAGCUGUGUUGAAGUUAUCGAUCAAUGUGUCCAUGUCUGAACAGUCGGCAUCUAUGAUGUUAAGCGCUGCAAAUUUUCCUCCUAUUAUUGCCUGGAAGGCUUCUGCUACUUUAGGAUCCUUCAGCUUUUCAAGGUCGAAUUUAAUUCUGGUAUUUCCUUUUUUGUUUACCCUCUUUAAGUGCAGUCUAAAGGUCAUCAUGACUAGGUCGUGGUCGCUCCCGAUGUCAGUUCCAGGGAAUCUGCGAGUCUUGGCAAUGUUUAUACUAGACCGGAAGCGUGUUUGCAACAUGAUGUAGUCAAUCUGGUUGUGGUGUUUCCCAUUGGGGCCGUGCCAUGUGGUUUUCCUGGGCAUUUUAUGUUCACCCAAUGUGUUGGCCAGAAUGAGUUCAUUGAAGCUGGCGAAUUCCAAAAGCCUCAGACCUCUCUCGUUUGAAGUUGCGUUACAGUGACGUCUGCACGUUCCUUUCCAGUUUUCAUAGGCAUCUUCUCCUACCUUGGCAUUCCAAUCACCUUGAACAACAAGAACGUCCUAUUUGGGUGUUUGGUUUAGCACAUCCUGUAUCUGAUGGUAGAAGUCGUUCACUUCUUCGUCAGUAUAAUCUGUAGUUGGUGCAUACGCCUGCACGAUGGGGAUGUUGAACGGUGUUGCCCUUAGAUGAAGAGUGAUGAGCCGGCUUGAAACCAGUCGACAGCUCAUAAUACUGUUCUUAAUGUUUUUGUGGACGAGGACGCCAACUCCUUGUUCGUGUGUGUACUCCCGUCCACUAAAAUACAGUAUGUGGCCCCCUUGGGUCGAUAUUUCUCCAAAGUUUUUCCACCUCAUUUCACACAGACCUAGGAUGUCACUUCUGUAUCUGCUCAUUUCAUGAACUAAUUCCUCCACCUUGCAUGUUUCUUUCAACGAUCUCAUGUUCCAGGUACCUAUUGUAAUGUUAUUCCUGGCUAUGAUACUGUUUCUUGGCAUAUUUAUAUAUAGCCUGUGUGGUGGUGGUGUUUGACCUUUGCUGGCAAAUUAUUUAUAUAAAUUUUUGCUGUUGCAGAAAUGGAAGACAGCUGCUUGAGAUGGAAGUAGAGACCAUGUUUGAUGUUAACUCAAUAAUGUCUCAUGCUCUUCAGUAAGCACUUCAUUCUUUUGAGUAUUCUCAUUUGGCAAGUGUCGUUUGAUUGGUAGUUUUUAAUUAUGUUCAGAAUUAAAUUGUAUUGCUUUGAAUUAGUUGCAUUAUUUUAGCAUUAACCAACUUUGUUUCAUUUACAGACUAGUGCUGCUGCAAGAUGUUCAGAUCAUUCAGUCUCGACUAGAAAGACAAGCUCUACAAAAGUCAAUGAUUGGAAAAAAUGAUAUUUUCUUUGCUUACACACAAGCUAUUGGGACUAAAGGUUAGGUUUAUUCUAAUCAAGCUCUGUUGAUGUUAAAUCAAUUCCCACUGUGGGAAAUUUAAUCCUUUAGGAGAAUAAUAUGGACGUUAUAUUAUGUUCUUCAAUAGUUAAUUACAGGUCUUUACACCUUUUGAACAUUUGAAAAUAAUUUUUUUGCAUGAAGAAGACACAUUGUCUUUUAUUGUUUUUUAACAGGACCGCAUUUUAACACUUAUAUGUUCUUUGACUGCUAACAUAAAGAGAGUGUAAAGCUUGAUAAUUAUAGGAUAUUAUUAUUUUUACUCAAAAACACUAUUUUAAAAAAUAUUUUACCUUUAAUCAAAUAUCUCUUAUGAGUACCAUUACUCAAAAGAAAUGUAACUUUUUAUUUAGAACAUCGCAUUUUUAUGGAGAUUGCCUAUACCUACCAAGACAGAUACAAAUUUGCUCUGACAACAGAACUUAAAUCAACUCUGGGCCUACAGUAAGGUUUUGUUUUUCAAAAAAUUUAGUUGCUAUUCAAUGGGGUGUGUCCAAAUUUUUGUAAAGCAGAGUAGAUUGGCACAAGAGUUGAGGUUUCUAAGGUUUUAUACAUUUCAUUAAUGGACAAAACUGCUAAAUAUCAUUUAUCCUAGUAGCUGUGAGCUGCAUAUGAAAAAUAUGUUUUUCAGAAUUGGUAUAAGAUUAAUUUUUUAAUUGAUUUCAAGUUAUUCAUUUUUUUAAAUAGUUGUUAAAAGUAAAUAUUCAAAAAAUAUUAUAAUAAUUAGAAUUCAAGCGGAGAACUGAAUGUGGAAAGCUAGUAAUCUAUUAUGAGAAUGAUUUAUUCUCAUAUUUUGAAAAAAUAUAAGUUAAUUUUAAAUAAAAUAUCUUAAUAUUUUUACAUUUGUCUGACUACAAUCUGACCCAAUGAUAAAAUUAAGAAGGGGAUACAAUAUAUUGAGUCAGCUAUUUUAUGAUUUGAUUCUGUUUUAAGUAUAUUCCAAAUAUUGUUAAGGUAGUAAUACAAAAAGUUUAUUUUUAUAUUCAUAGCUAUAGACACUCCAGAUCAGAUAAUUCUUUCAUUAUGUUUUCAAUAAAUUCUCUUUUCAGAGAGAAUGAAUACCUGAAAUCAUCGACCAGCUUGGCAAUGUGGGUACUUUUCUGUAGUGAUUCAAAUCCUGAGCAGUUUUUUCAAAGUGGAAACUGUCACCACAUAAUGUAUAAAGGAGAAAUAAGCCUAGCUGCAGUUGCAACAUUUGUUAAAAAUCUGGCAGAACCAGUUUUGGUGAGACAUUCUUUUUUCCCAAAAUUAUUAGGUUGUUAUUUCAUUUUUAAUAUAGUUACAGAAUUCAAUUCCUUGCAGCAUUUACAUUUUUUUUUAAAAAGCAAACAGUUUUAUCUAAAACUAUGUUAUUAUAUUUUAGAAUUAGACUGUCCACUUAUAGGCAGAAUAUUUGAUAUAAGAACUAAAAAAAUAGAUUAGUUUAAAGCAUAAAUACCAUAAGCUUAUCAGCAUAAUCCAUUACAAAAACAUUAUAACAGUUUCUCCAUAUUUCUGAUUAUCAUUGAAAUUGUUUUGUUUAAGUAAACUUAUUAAACACAUACUUUCACUUCUAUUUCAUUCUCUUUUAUUUGUUUAGAAAUAUUUAAGCAUUUCUUAUCAAUGCUGUGUAUCAUUACUCUAUAAUUAAGCGUAUUAUUUCUCUUUUGUUUCAGUAUCAUUGCCCGACUAAUGAGAUUUCCUCAAUGAAGAAUUUGCCAUUGUCUCUGCCUACCAUUUUCAUUUACUCCAACAGAGAAUUGGCUGACUUCAUCAAAUUUGAAGUUGACAGUUUGGUUUUUGAUGUCCGAGGCUUUGCCAGAAUCAUGCUUGUGGAAAUGUAUGCAAUUUAUUUUUUAUUAAUUUUGAUAAUUCAAAUUGAAAUUUGUAUUGUAUAAAAAAAUAAUAUCUUAGAGUAUUUCUAAAGUAGUUUACAAUUGUUACAUUUUUUUAACAAGUAUUUCAUAACAAAGUAUCUUUAAUUGGUCUCUUUAGAAAGUACUACCAAAUGUUUGCUCUAAAACAUUAUUUUAAGUUUGUUAACAGGUGCUCUCAUAAUUAACCCUCAGUAUUUGUUCUGACAAUGAUAGAAUAGUGUGAUCCUGGUAUACUUUAAAUGGAGAAUGUAUUGUACAUUUAUGUAUGUUUUCCAAAAAUGUCUGUGUAAGGAAGUAUAUUUAAGAGACUGCCACCAUUAAUUUCAGGGAUAAUGGUGAAUGCCAAGCACAAGCUAAACAGCAAGGUUUUCAUGGAAAGCUUCCUUCUAUUGGUAUCCAGCUUCAGGUCGGCUUGUGUUUGCAUAUUCUCCCUCUUAGUUAAAAAGUCAUUUCCAGCAGCUAUCAAGUAAUAAAAUAACAAAGUUUACAAUGUAACGGAACCCUGCUAUAAAGCCUUUCACUAUGUCUCAAAUUUUGAUAUUAAGUGAUCGUGGCAUUGCUCCAGAAAUUUCUUGUAUUCAUUCACACGUGCCAAUUUUUUUUUCAAAUACAAUGGGGGGGAAAAAAGAGAGUAUAAAAAUAUAUUCUCUUAUAACCCAGUUACAUUAAAAAAAUUGUCCAACUUCAACACCACAUAGCUCACUAACCACAAGAGAAAACAAAAAUUCAUUUCUUAAAAAUUGAAAUCACCCAGCUCCCUACAUGUUAAAAAUCUCAAAUCUUCACACAGAAUGUUUUAAGAACCUGCAUUAAUGUGACUGUGAUAUUGACUUUUUGUAUAGUAAAGAAAAAAAUACAGGAUUUAAUGUAGAGGAAACUGACAAUUAGCCAUAGUCUUCUCUACGAAAACUUAAAGUAAAAGUCCUGUGUGCACCCCGCACACCCCCCCAAAUUUCAUUACCCCAGUAAACCAAUGAUGACUAGGAACUUUAAAAAAGCUUAGCCUUGAUGAAUUUUCCAAAUGUAUUUUCUCAAUGUGACAGAAUGGCGAGGUAGCUUUUAUGAGUGAGUCAACAGAAUGGCUUCUAUCAACACUCCAUGAAUUUCUAGAGCCUUAUUUGUACCCAAUAGACCACUCUGCACAAGAGUCCAACCUUGAACUUGCACAUUCAACAGAUUUGGAAAGAAUCACAGCAAGUCUGAUAGAGGAAGGUGAGCUUGUCCCACUAGCAUCACUACUAAAAUAGUUCAAGUUGAGUAGAUUUUUAGGAGAUAUAAUCAAAGCAAACUUUUAAUAAAUAUUUAGAAAUUUGUUCAAGAGUGCUAUCUAGUAAGAUCCAUUGUUUCUAUAUACAUUGGUAAAUGAUAGUAUCUAAAUACAUUGUUUAAAGAUUGUAUCUGCAAUCUAUUAUUUGUUUUAUGAUUGUAUUUACAUGCAUGGCUUGCUUUUUGAUUAUAGCCAUGUACAUUUGUUAAUGAUUCUAUCUAUUUACAUUGUUUAAUUUCAUGAUUGUGUUUAUAUACAUAGUUUAAUGAUUGUAUAAUAUUUGUAUAGUGUUAAAUGAUUGUGCUUAUAUACAUUGUUUAAAAAUUGUAGAUAUGGACUUUGGUGAAUUAUUGUAUCUAUAAACAUUGUUGAAUGAUUGUAUAUGUCUAUGUUAUUGAAUGAUUUGUAUCAAAGUUCUUGUUUUCCAUUGCUGAAACAGUUGAGACCCAGGAUGACCAGGUGGCUGAUGCAGUUUUCAGGCUGCAUCUCAAGGAAAUGGAACUCGAUCUCAUUCCCCCCUUGGCAAAGAACAAUUUCUACUCCACUCUCAAAUCUGCAGAGCUUAAGAUGGUUCUGUUUUACUUACCAUGUGAGUCUUCAAUUAACUUUUCAGUAAAUAACUAUGUGCUGAAAUAGAUAUUUGUUGGGCUUUAAUACAUCAUUUAUAUGACUUGUAAAUAUAACUUCUAGGAAAGCAAAAGAUAUAACAAAAGUUGAAUUUCAAAUGCUGCCAGUGUACACUGGAUAUAAAAAAAUAACAUGUACAGGAAUAAAUUAAUUACAUUUUAAUUUGGUUUUAUUACUGCUAGUUUUGUAGGUAUGCAGGAUCAUCAAAUUUUUUUGACAGAUUUUUAAACACUUUUCUUUAUCCAAACAAGAAUGGUGUAACUGAGGAAUCAAAACAGAAGAAACUGGAAAUAUAGUUCAUUAGUGUAAUAGUUCUUUUUUUAAAACUAAAAUUCUCAAUUUUUUUUACACUACAUUAUAGUUGCCUUAAAACUUACAAUUUACUUCUUCUACACUCUAAUGAAUUUUUUUACUUUUUGCUUUGUGUUUAUUUAGUAGCUGUUUUAAGAUGAGGAAUCACUGUAUCUUUUAAUUACACUUGGCAAAAACCAAACACGUGUCAAGUGUUCAAGGAAAAACCAAAAAGUUGUAAUAUAUUUCUGUAGAGCAGAGUUCUCAUUCAAUUCUUUUUUAAAAAGGAUAUUAUCAUUUGAAUUGCUUUUUUUUUAAGACAAAAAAAUUGAUGAUGUUAAUUUAAUCUAAUUAUUACUGUUUUUGUCUUUUCCCAGUUGACCAAGUCAGCAUGGCCUUUUUGCGAGACUUUGGUGAGGCUUCCCAAAUCCUGUCCACAAUGUAUUCAGACCAUGAUGUGCUAGCUCGAGUUAACUGCUUUGAUGCCACAGAUCUCUGUGCUGCAGAAAACAUCACAACUUAUCCCCUCAUUAGAAUCUACCAGAGAGAUGAGGAGACCCAAGACUACAGAGGCCAUCUGUAUUCCAAAUCAAUCAUUAAUGCUGUCAAACUGUGAGAACAUUUUCAUUUAGUUGGUGGGGAAAGAAUUUUUUGUUCAGUAUUAGUAACAGCUCAGAAAAUUACUAUUGUUUGUACAGUUGUUAAAAAAAAAAUAACUGAUAAUUUUUGGUUUUUUUUUUUUAUUUUUUAAUUUUAUUUUAAGGCCCCAACAAUUAGAAUAAUGGUAUUUUAAAAAGACAGUAGUAUUAAUUAUGUUUUUCUUCAUUUAGAUUACAACUGAAAAGUCCUGUUUUACUGAAGUCAGAGAAAGAAGUUGAAAUGUUUAUGGAGAGGCAUUUCCCUAAUAAAUUUUCUGAAUUUUCAUCCAGUGCAGUUCUGCUCUUGUCACAUAAAGAACACCAAGGUAAUGAACUCUCUGAAUGUUUUCUAUGUAUUGUCAUAAAUUUAAAUAUCCUGUAUUGUCAUCACCUCUAAUCCAAGUUAGGACAUAUGCCAUUAAGGAUACCUUUCCGUUUCUCUUUGUCUCCUUUUAAAUUAUAAAGAGUAAAAUGAAAAAUUACUAUGUCCAUUUUUUUUUACAUUUCAAUUAACAUAAUUAACAUAAAUUAAUAUAAUAUAAGAUGAUAAGGAAAAAUUAAGCAUGUGGAAUGUAAUAGCAUGAAAUAAUACCCAGCAAAGCAACAAAAGUGUCUGCUAAAAACUUGUUUGGAACUAAUAGAAAAAGAUAAGUAAAGAAAAAAAGUGAAGAAAAAACUUGAAUUUGUGGAUGAAACCAGAAAAAUUUCUGUAAGAUAGUCCCUCAAAUCUUGUUUCCAGUUUUCAUUUCCACUUUAAAUUUAAGACAAGGGCCAAUUUAUUCCAAUUGCCAUAAGUAUGAGUUAAGUUUGAUUUUUAAUUUAAAAAAUUAACUUUCCUAUAUAAAUAUAUAAUUUAUAUAAUCCUAAGUUUCUUUGCUGGGUCUUUUUUCAAAGCUUAAAGAUGCCAUCUACUUUAUAUUUGGAAUUUACAACUUCACCACUGUCUCCCCCUAAAUAUAAGUGAAAAUCUUUGGCUGUUUUUUAAGUGCAUGCACAUGAUUUAAACUUACAGUUCUAGUUAAGUCUUUCAUAUUGAUCAUGUUUAAAUUACAUUUGUCUUCAAUAUUUCUAGUUGUAGACAGAUCCAUUAAGUGUAAGGACUGAAAUUUAAUAAGUUUUAAUAAAUUUCAGUUUUAAUAAAUUUCAGUUUUGUUUUUUCAAAAAAGCAAGUUCAUUGAUUUGUAUUUUCUUAUUUUAUCAAAAUAACCAGAGGCCAGAUCGACAUUUGUAGAUGUCACCAAGUCUAUGUCAACCAUCACAGCUUUUGGAAUAGUGACGGAGGAGUUGGUCACACAUAUGUAGGUUGUUUGCAUCUCGUAGCUCAAUAUGUCUAUGUCAUUUUAUUAUUUUAUUUGAAAUUUUUAUUUAAUGAUAAAAUAAGUUGAUUUAAAAUAAAUGCAAUGUUUACACGUGAUUUACUUCCUGCCAGCUGUGGUGGCCAGAAGGGCAUAGAUUCUGAUUUAGUAUCUUGUAUCAGACCUUACUUGAAACUCAGCAUUUUUAAACCUGGGGAACAGAACCUGUCUAACAAAACCCGGGCUAACCUAAUAACAUAAACUAACCUGGUUAAGUUAACUUUUAAAGAUUUACAGAUCUUAAUAAUAUUUCUUGUAGUGCAAAGAAGUAUGGUGCACCUAUUACAUCUGUGAUUGCUUUUCGACAAGAGGAUAUUAACAGGCAAAAAAGCAUCCUUGCAGGGAAGAUAUCAGUAGCCUCCCUAACUGAUUUUGUCAAACAGUCAACUAUUUCUUCCUUGGUAACUAUCCAACAACUAUUGUCAAAUUUUAAUUAUUUUUCCACUUACUUUCAAGAAAUUAACAGUAUGUACCACAGAAUUAUGUGGGAAGCACGUUUUGGUCGCACACUUUUGUUUUUAUGAUGCACCUUUGUUUCUCAACUUCCGUUUCUAACAAUAACAUAGUUAUGAACUUUGACCUACAUUGACUUUAUUAAGAUCUUCAAAAAAUAAGUUGUUUUUUUUAAUUUAAAUUUAUCUGCUGUUUAUUAUUGUAUCGUCUGCUGGCGAAGGCAUCUAGCUGAAGGCAUCUAGCCGAAGGCAUCUAGCUGAAGGCAUCUAGCCGAAGGCAUCUAGCCGAAGGCAUCUAGCCGAAGGCAUCUAGCCGAAGGCAUCUAGCCGAAGGCAUCUAGCUGAAACGUCCGUUUAAUUGUUGUUUCUUUUUUUUCCAAGCCUAAACAUAUCUUGUUACACUAUUUAUUUACAAGAUAUCGUAAAGUCUUAUUUUUGUGUCUCCUGUAGCCUGAGCUUACACAGAUCAACUUUCCAUUGCUUUAUGAAAAAAAAUUGCCAUUUGCAAUUCUGUUUGUGGACCCUGAUGAUCAAUCUUCUGAAGUUGCCAAAGAAAUGUUUACUAAACUUGCCAUGACUGGACAAUUUGAAAAAGCAAUUUUCUGCUACAUGGAUGCGUAAGUUCAUGAUUGAAUUUAGUGUUUGAAGCCCUUUUAUUUUUUAACAAUUUAUAUUUUUGUAAUUUGUAUUUACCAACAUUUUUACUUUUUAAUUCAGCUAAAUUAUAAAGUUGUUUUUUUUUUCUGUAAAAUAUUUCCAUAAUAUAAAUUUUGUAAAUAACUAACUUUCUUUGAUAAAGAUUAUUUGAAUGUUUGUUUUAAAAAGUUACAGUACCAUCAUGGUAAGCAUUGCUUCGUUCAAGAGUUUUUUACUUGUUUACCUUGUUUAUAUUAUGCUACUAAAAUUUGCUCACAGCCAGCCUAAGACUAUAGGUCUGAAGAUCCUAUCAGAAUACACAUGGACAGCCACACUUCCAGCCAUUAGUGUUGUGGACCACAGGCUUGGUGAGGUGUUUAACUAUCCUGGAGAUAAUCUUGAACAAAGUCAAGUAGCCAACUGGCUUGACAGUGUUUUCUCAAACAAAGAGAAGCCAGCUAGUAAGUAAAUAAUUUCUUAUAAUUGUUGGAUAUUAUGUGUAAGUGUAUUCUUAUAAAUUAAUGUGACAUGUUCAUUUUGUGUUUUUCCUGGCAAUGUCAUAAAUGAAACUGUGUUUGAAAACCUAUCCCACUACUAUUAAAAUGCAUAUUUUGUGUUGCUAACAGAAAUAUUGGAACAAGGUGUAUGGGUUGCUCCAGGUCGACAUUAUGACUUUUUGGCAAUGAUGGAUGAAAAAAGGUCAAUUCUUCGCAUUCAAGCUGAGGAGGAAUCCAACAUUGAAGGUGAAUAUGUAAUAUUUUUAAAAGCCACAAAGAUUAUUUCAUGGAAAUUGAUUUUUUUUGAAGUUACAUUUCUGCACAAUAGAAUUUUACUUACAAGUAUAAUAAACCAAAAAAUGAAAAUAACCACUUUAUAAAUGCACUAUUCAAAGCAAAUUGUUUUUAUUAACUUUGUUAGUUAAUUAAAUAUAUAUUUCUUUUGUAAAAAUAUCUUUGAUAGUUUUUUUUAUAGUUUUGCUAAACCACAGCCUCUAGGAUUACUAUCACCAUCAUGUUGGUCUGUUUUAUUGAUUUCCACAAAUUUGUCUAAGAUAUAUUUAACAAUAAUUUUAAUACUCCUCUAAAUUAAUUAUUUAAUUUCAAAUGAAUUAAAUUUAAAUAUUUAUUAAUUAAAUAAUAUUGUAGGUUUUUUUAAAGUAAAGAUAUUUAUUUUUGUUAUACAAAUUUUCAGUUUUAAAAAAAUGUUAUUAUAUUUCUUUUUUGCUUAAUAAAAUUGCAGUUUUUUUAAAUUGAACUCUACAGAAAAUCUUUACACACUAAUGAAAUCAAGGGAGAUUAUCUUUAAAUAAAUAAAUUUUUAUAUCUCUUACUAAUUUAACUUAAUUAAUUAAAAAGGUUCCAUAAAAUUAAGAGCCAUACUAUAUUGGCUUGUAUAUUAUGUAUAUAUAUAAGUCAACAUGCAUCUUUAUUGAGUGCUUCAUUUCUUUAAGCUGAGGAUUCAAGUCUUACGAAUGGUGCAAGAGCAUCUGUGUUACUUACAGAAGACGAGCUUCUUAAGAUUGAUGAGGACAUCCGGGAGGAGCUUCUUGAGCUGCGUAACUCACGUCUAUAUCACCAAAGUCCUGAAAGGAGAAAACCAGGGAAAACUGAGUCUCCUCAGGGUCACAGUGUACCAUUAGUAAAGCAAGAUGUAGCACAAGGUCAUGGUCACAGCCAUACUGAGCUUUAGUGCUGAGGUAGCAGCCUGGGGAAACAUUUGAUUGAUUUGUGUCGCAACCAAAGUAAAAUGUUGCUGAAAAGAAAUAUUAUUGUAAUUUGUUAAGUGGAAAUGACUUUACUUUGUUUGAGCAAUGCAAUUUUUUUCAUUUGAAGUUUGCAGCUUAUUUAAUUCAUGUUUUUGCAUGAAAAUAUUUUAUUUGCUCUAGAAGUUUUUAUCAUUCAAACAUAUUCAAGUCUUGGAAUCAAAUAUGUGUUCUAUAGUGCUAUUUAUAUUUUAAGCAUACACUGGAGUGGAGAUAAUCUCAUUUCCUAAUCUCAGGGAACAAGCUAUUUGACUUGACACAAUAAACUGAUUUACUUUACACAGGCUAAAGUGGAACAUUCCAUUUUUAAAGUAAAGAUUUGACAUAUAAAAGUUACAAAAAUACAACAGCCAUUCCAUGCAGGUUUAAUCUGUACUAGAUAUUUUCUGAUUAGACCCUUCUGGCAUAAAAUCCUUUGUUGCUAUCACCCCUUUCAGUCAGGACACAGAAAUGUAGAAAAUCAACAAUUUAAAUCCUCUAAAGCAGGCCUGCGCAACAUGCGGGCCGCAUUCAGCCCGCCAGCAUUCACGCGGCCCGCAAAGUAAUGAAAUAUUAUUUAUUAUUAUUAUUUUCUUAAUAGCUUUCCCCCUAUCCUAUCAUCUUUCAGCCCGCACAAGUUUUUCAUAAAGUAUUAUGGCCCGCACAAGUUUUUGAUUUUGAGUCGUGCAGGCCUGCUCUAAGGACAACUUUUUGGUGUAACAUUGAUGAAUUCCUGUAAUUAAAUGACUUUUAAUAGUAUCAAAGUUUAAGAGAAGAUACCUUAUUGAAUAUUCCUUUAUCUCAUUUUUUUUAUAUAUUUUUUUUUUUUUGCAGUCAGCAACAUAUUUUAUGAGAUUUUUUUUAUUAUACAUUUUUUUAAAUAUAUAGGUUUACAAAAAACAAAAAUCAUGACCUAGGUGUUUUCUUAUAUUCCAAAAUUUAUAAUUAGAAAUUAUUGUAUGUAAUAAAUUUUUAUUUUAUGAAAAUAAAAAUGUAACUUUUUGUCUAGGGAAGGAUGGGAGAAUUGUUCUGUUAAAUAUUACAUAGAACGAUUUCCAUUCUAAAGAUUUAAAUAAACUGCAUUUGAGAGUAGAAAAAUAAUUUUUCUCAACAAUAUGAAUGGGGACAGUGCAUUACUUUUUAUUUGAUGCAAAAAAGGACAUUUUUCUUCAUGAAUAUAUGGAUGAAAGUAUAUCUUUAUUUUUAUUCUUGAGUUUAAAUUUAAAUAAUAUAAUGUGCCAAAGUUUAUUGAACUCUUUAAUUAUUUAUAAAGCAAUACUUUAUUUAUUGUGAUUAUUUGUAUUUCGUUUAAAGCAUCAUACCUUAUUUUAAAUGAUUUUUUUUUUAAAUUUACUUAACUAACAGCAAUAAUAAAACUAUCUGGCAACAAUC